UUAUUCACCCAGAACAGCCUCUUCAGUUCCUAUUGGUACGACUAUCAACGAGGGUCCUGCGAAGGGGGACCUAGCGUAUUUAAAGCUUCCAUUUGAGCUACGAAAAUCGUGCAAGCACAGCAAUCGCUCAACUAGACAACCGCCUAAUAUAUAAAUCCUAUUCUCAUGCUGAGCGGUAAGCAGAAAGGACAGAUUCACACUUUCAUAGUCUCUGGCAUGACUCGGUUGGAGUUUGAACCCAAGACCUCCCGCACUGAAAGCGAACGCUCUACCACAAGGCUACCAGUCGGUUUAACAACAGAAGAAGUUACCCGUUUAGAGUAUGAUUUAUCUAUUUAUUCUCCUAAUGGGUGGUUUUUGCUUGACCAUUCAAGCAAUAACAAUAUCAAUAUCAAGUCUGUCAUAUUGACGUACUUCAAAUGAAUGACCCUUAAAUUUUUGCUGAUUAGGGCAAAAUAAUUAUUUUUGUACUUUUCUCAUAAAUUAUAAAAAAAAUUUGGAUUGCUAAGCAUAAACUUGGCGUCAUUCAUUUGAAGGAAGGUCAUUAGUAGGUUCUUCUAUUUAUAUUUGUUUGGAAAACAAGUUUUAGAUAAACCGUAACUUAAAACAAAACAAAUCUUUUCAAACAGCGUAGAUAAGCUAAAUAUUAUAUGUCAGAAUAAAUCUAUAAAUAUAUCUUGUAUACAUAAGCAACAAAUAAUUUGAGUUGAAUCAAUUGACAAAGAGGACGUGCUUGGGUGUCAAGAUGAUUACGAAGAGCCAAGCCUUCAUAUAUACGUUUUUGUUUUUCACAAGCUGUUUAUCAAUUUUUAACCACCUUCGAUUUGAAGGUUCUGAAAGUCAUGCAAGCUUCGCAAACACUGCUAGCAAUGGAGAUUCCAGCCUGAGAAACCGACGAGAUGUAAACGCAAAAAACCUUUCAUUCGAUCUUUUGAAUAUCUUUGGUGUGAUGAAAAAAAAUGAUAGCACAGCUACCAUUCGCGAAAAAAUACUGGAAAUUGUAAGAAACACCACAUUAUCAGAAGAUCAGAUAUGUAAAGCUGUUAGGGAAUGCAAUUGCACAAUGAAACCUGGACCAAUGGGUCCAACAGGUCCUCCUGGACCACCAGGUAAAGACGGUAAAAGAGGACUUGGUUUAUUUUCUCCAAGAUUGAGAAUGAAAGACCUGCAUCAUUUAUCUAUAGUCAGAAGCAAUAAAAUUCUAAAAUGUCAAUUCUUUGGAAACCCAAUACCUUCUGUAAGAUGGAAACAUGACUUCUCAAACACGAAUGUUACAAUUGAGAUUAAUCAUAACAAAUCGGUUAUUACAUCAUACUUGCACGUUAAAAACAUUACGUGGGAUGAGCGUGGUAGCAAGGUGACUUGCAUUGCGGAAAGUGUUUUAGGAAGUGCAAAUGCUACUGGGCUUGUUACAGUUCAUGUUGCACCAAUUAUACAUUUACCAAGCGGUCCUAUUCAUGCAAAUCUUGGUACCAAUGUUACAUUUCCUGAAUGUAAAGUAACUUCUAAUCCACCCGCUACGAUAACAUGGAAACGCGGUUAUGUAAAUCUUCCCAUUGGACGACACGAGAAAAACAACACAUUUCUUCAAAUUUUUAAUGUGCGCGCAAAAGAUGAAGGUUAUUACGUUUGCGAAGCAGAAAAUUACUUAGGCAAAUCAACACAAGGCAUACUACUAACAUCAGGACCUUUGCAAUUCACAAAGAAACCAACAGAUCUUAUUGAAUCAGUUAAUUCAUCAGAAGUUAUCCAAUGCUCAGCGUUGGGUUUGCCAAAACACAUGUCUGGAAAGGUUGUGGAUCUUGAUAGCAAAAAGGAACUUUCGGUUAACAUUUCCACAGCUGCCAACUCAUUUACGUUGACUGCAGAAAUUACAACGCCUGGAUAUUACAAGUGUAUAAUUCAGGAGCUCCAACAAGUAGUUGAAAGUAGUUUUAAAGUCAAUUUUUUUUCAUUACCAUCUUCAAUAUUAACAAAAGAUCUUUCACCACGUCUUGCCGGGUGGUUAAAAGAAGAAAAUGCAUUUGCAAAAUAUGCUCUAUGUUGGAAAGGGACAAGAGAUGGUUGGAACGUGACAACAUUCCAUCAAAAUUGUGAUAAUAAGCCGUAUACUCUUACACUCAUGAAAUCAUUUUUUUCAAUCUAUGGAGGUUAUUCAGACAUUGCAUGGAGCCUCUCUACAGCUUCAAAAAUCAGCUCAAAAGCUUUUCUUUUCAACUUAAAAUACCGACCGCGAAAAGUACUGAUCCGAAGUGGUUCAAAAGCAAUAUGUUAUGACAGAAAUUCAGGGCCCUGUUAUGGACAUAGGGAAUUCAGAAUCAGAACUCCUGAAUAUGGUUAUAAAAAAAUUGUGAACACUUUUACAAGUAAAACAGGUAAAAGUUUUGCAGGGACUACAGAACCAUUUUCUGGGUACAUUGGUAGACUGAGCGAGAUAGAAGUGUUUUACAGAGUAGACAUUGUAUAAUGAGAAAAAUUUUUUAACUUGAUGCUUGUUAUAAAAAAUUGUAUUGUAUGGAUGGAUUAUUGUAUUGUAUAAAAUAUCCUGAAUAUGCAGAUAAAAAUAUUAUGACUUAUCAUUUGACAAUACACCUCUUUACAGUUUAAGUUGUUCACUCAGUUUAUCUAAGAAUUUAAUAUAGACUCUCUUAUAGACUCGUUAUUCAUGAUCUUGCUUUCUCUUCAUCAGGCCUGCCUUUAUCUGGGCUUUGUUAAUCGAACAAUAUUAUAAUAUUAACCGUGUGUAUGGCUAU